UCAGAUUAACAGAGACGGCCGAGCAGAGCGGCUCCAUGUGUGAACGGCCACGUAAGCUCAUCAGAGGUGCCGUCUCACUGACCGGACUCUACCUGGUGUAUGGAUAUGGAGCCUCGCUGCUCUGCAACCUGAUUGGAUUUGUCUAUCCAGCCUAUUACUCAAUCAAAGCCAUCGAAAGUACGAGUAAAGAAGACGACACAAAAUGGCUGACGUACUGGGUGGUGUACGGCGUCUUCAGCAUAGGCGAGUUCUUCUCAGACAUCUUCCUCUACUGGUUCCCGUUCUACUACGCCUUCAAGUGUCUCUUCCUGUUGUGGUGCAUGGCUCCAAUGUCGUGGAACGGCUCCCAGAUCAUCUACAACAGAGUGGUCCGGCCCAUCUUCCUUCGUCACGAGGCCAUGGUGGACAACUUAGUGAACGACCUCGGAGGGAAGGCGAUGAGCGCCGCCGAGAACCUGACCAGAGAGGUUCUGACCACUCUGGUGAAGAAUAAAGCUCUGGUGAGUCCGUCAGCGCCGACCGUCUCCGAGCAGAAGAGUUUACCGAGUACAUCGUCGGCUAAAGUCACGCCGUUAGAGUCAGAGGAAGAGAAACCGGUACGUACAUCACAGCUGCUUCACGUCUUUAGAAUAAAACUUUGAAGUUUGACCUUCUUUAUGUUUGACCUUCAAAAUGCGGUUUCUCUCCGCCUGACAUUAAUUCAUCUACUGGAGACAUUAUUUAUUUGUAUUUCUUCAUAGUGUCUUAGUAGUGACAGAUUAUAUGGGGAGGUUAGUUAACGUGGUUUGAGCUCAUACUGCAGCUUUUUAUAAACACUAAAUCGUUUGUAACGUCCAAUCAGAUCGAAGAACUUUGCACGCUAACCCGUCUGUCCUGUUUCCUGUUCCAGCCUUUCCUGGGUUAACCAGGUAAGCCCACUAGUUAGCUAUCAGUUAGCAUGCUGCAGUGAAUGUUGUGAGAAGAGAAUUAGCACGUAGCAUCAGGCUGCAGAUU